CGUGGCCGCAGUAGUGCGCACUCUUUAACCGAUUCGGUCUGGCCGCGUCGAUAUAGUCUCGAUAUUUGAAAAACUUGGCGCAGAACAGCAAACUGCCACACGUGUUGCAUUGCGAUACGAUUGAAUCUAAUAAAAAACUUGAGUUUUAAGUGGAAAAUAUAAAGAAAAAUCCAAAAAAAUGGGCUGCGCAACGGGCACCUUAAAGUACUCGCUCUUCCUAUUUAAUGCGUUAUGGGCGAUACUUGGCAUCCUGGUGCUCGUUUUUGGCGGCCUAGGCUGGGGAGCGAUGCCGGAAAUGUAUGCUAUAGGGAUUCUGGUCCUGGGAGGCAUUAUCCUCUUGAUAUCAUUUUUCGGAUGCUGUGGAGCCGUUCGUGAAUCACCGCGCAUGCUGUGGACGUAUGUCACUCUGCUGCUGGUGUUGCUUGGUCUCAUAGUUGCCUUUAUCAUCCUGAGUCCAAAAGGUGUGUUCAAAGACUACGCCCUGAAGGAGGUCGAGAAUCAAUGGGAGCUGGAAAAGACCAAGCCUGGCAGUAUGGAUUUUAUUCAGAAGACGUACUCUUGCUGUGGACGUGAUGGCGCCCGGGAUUACCUGGAUAUUAAAUUCUGGAACAGCACCGUGCCCGACAGCUGUUGCAAGGAGAACAGCUGUGUGAAUCCCCUGAAUCUCAAUGUGGACGGCUGCCUGAAAAGGGUGGAGGAAGCUUUUUCGGAUGAACAAAACACAUUGAGCUACUUCCAGUGGGGUCUGCUCGGAUUCGAUGCUGUCAUCCUCCUGUUGGCCAUCGUAUUGGCCAUUCACUACACGAAUCGCCAGAGGCGAUACAACUAUUAGUGAAUAACUACCAAUUAAGAAUUCCAUCUCCUCAACUUCUCAUUGUUAAGUGUCACCAAUGUACCUUUUUUCUUAUUUGUAAAACACAGAAGCACUUGCCAAGCAACCGUAGAUGCCUUAAAUAUUUACAAUACAUACGUGAACGUGUUUUUGUUAAAAGUCUUGCAGGCUUUAGUUUGUGCUAUACUUAAUGACGUCGAAUAUUAAAAUAUUACAUGUGUAGUUUCGAAGAAAUAAAAACCAAAUAUAAGAAAAAAG